CACGACACAAUUUGAAGAAUCGACUUCUUUAAAUGAAACCAAACACAUUCGGAAAAUGAUAUGUUUUAACUGGCCUCUGUUUCGUAAAACAUUUCACAUAUUUGGACAAUUUCCCUUUGUCGUGUAUAGCUUGAGCAUUAUGCUUUGGAGUCUAGGAGAAGCUGCUUGGGUGUUCCAUUUGCCGAACUACGCUGAAUACAAAGGACGAUCUCCUUCAGAGGCUGCAAGUCUCCUAACUGCUAUGGGAGCAGGGAGUAUGUUCUCACGGGUAUUUGCGGGGAUAGCAGCCUCAGACUCCAAUAUAGAUGCCGUGUUGCUACAAGUUGGGCUAUCGGGUUUAGCAGGAACAGUUUCAUUCUUGUUUACCGUUGGUUCAUCUUCGUACAUGUCACAGCUGGCUUUCAGCUACUUUUAUGCGACGUACAGUCAAGGUAUUAAUACUCUCAUCGGACCAAUCAUCAUAAAUCUGCUUGGCUUGCCCCACGUUGCCGUUGCCUAUGGAAUCGUGUGUUUCUUCUGCGGGCUUGGUCACUUGUUGGGACCUCCUAUAACAAGCACCUUAUACAAAGGAAGUGGAAUAUACGAGUACACGUAUGUCUUUGCAGGAGCAUGCUUGGUCCUUGGGUCUAUAGCAACAGCAUUAACUAACAUAGGUAGACUGAAUACAUCUACACAGGAAAUAUAGGAGGAAGGGAUUGCUAACUUGGAUCGUCGUGGGUCCUGAGAUGGGUGCCAGUUGGGUGUUGUGGGUGCUGCUAUGGGUAUAUGAAAUGGGUCAAUAUUUGUGGCCGUGAGUAUUGAGAAAGAUGUCGGGUUGGUGUCCUUUAAGUGGUGCAAAGGUAGCAUGUCUUUGUUCAUGUCAGUGAAAUCCACUUGG